AAAUCCUACUAAGUUAGCAUCAUCAGUCCUAGAAACAAUGGCUUCUUGUGUCUCAAGCCCCGGAAUGAGUUUAUUCGGCUGGAACAUCGGAAGGAAGAAGGACACCCCGGAGCCUAAGUACCACGACGUUGAGCUUCCUUUUUCACCUUCCCUCGUGGAGAAGACAUUCCUACGAGGGAGGGAGCUAAAGUGCUGCUAUCGAGCCAGUCUUGACGGGUUCAGCGCCACUGACUUCCAUGCCUGUUCCGACUUCAAAGGCCCUUGCGUGAUAAUCGGCUAUACUAACAGGAAAUUCAAGUUUGGUGCAUUCAAUCCCGAGGGCUAUAGAAGCACUGAUGAUUAUUACGACACGUUUGAUGCCUUCCUCUUCUACUGGGCAGAGGAGGGCGACGAGCGAGCAGGCCCAAUCGUUUUGCCAAAAGUAGGAGGAAGCGGGGCAGCCCUUUUCGAUUAUGCCCGGGGAGGGCCCCAGUUUGGAGCUGAUGGGCUGCUGAUCGGGCCUCCAUUGGCCCCAGUGAUGGGUGGGUUUGCAGGGCCAGACACCAACUCCGGGGUUGGCGACUUGAGGCAGGCCAAGUCGAGGUUAGGCCUGUCAUAUGCUAAGAGGAAGGACGGGAAGGAAUCGAUUUUCGGGGACGAAUCGAGAGCCAACAUUGAGGAAGUUCAGGUGUUCUGUAGCCCUCAGAUUGCGAGCCUGUAUUAGGGUAGAUAAUUCGCUUGACAGGUACAUAGUAUGAUUAGAACAAGAACUUUACGAGAUAAUUGCUUAUAUCACAGCUUAUAUAAUGCCCCAUAUAUCACUGUCCAUCUCUCUUUUCUCUGUUUCAUCGAUGAUCGGGAAAAGUGGAGUAUCUCCUCGAGUUUGUUCACCGAAAACACUAUUAUUUUAGAUAAAUGGAGGGGAUUGGUGCUGCAGAUGUGUUUAAAUUUGAAGAAAAGAGCUAAUGGAUGAUAAGCCUUUAAACCUUUAGGAAAAAGCAAACUCUCAAAGUGCCAUUAGUGUUUGCUCUCUUUAUUCUAAUAUUCUCACAGGUGGGGAACUAUUCGAAAACUUUCGGACAUACGAAAGAUUGUAUAUUGUAUUGCAUUCUCACUAGAGCUGUUACUGUCAAAUGACCUCAUCUGGUCUCUCCAUCGCACUUGCUGCUAAAUCUGA